AUGAUUUUUUUGCCGGUUUUUGCUUGCUUGGCGGGCAUCAGUGUCCUCUCGGCAGAAACACUCUGCUUUCCGGACUCGAUUCCGUCCUCCAGCCGGCGAUACAUUGAAAAUGCCGUGGGGGAGCCAGUCCCAAUUCGAAUUGGGUCCUUUGGUUGGAAUCUGGCCAUCCAAGUGAGUGCGCUGACAGAUUUGAUCAUCUCAGAAAAGCUCGGGUAUCAUGUCGCACCUGUUGAAUCCUUGGGAUUCCCUUCCUUUCAAGAUCUUAUACUCCGACUUGCGGGCUGUGCAUCCACAGAGUGCAACGAAACAGCCGAAGCGGUUGAUAUCGUUGUAGAUGCCUUCCCUGGAGAUGCCGUAUCGCUGGAGUCUUUCCGAGCCUCACAUCCUGAGCGAGUUCCGGAGGAUAUGGGUGGGAUGGGCUACAUCUUCACUUGGGGUAUCUAUUUUAAAGGCUCGAUUCGAGAUGCAGCAUUCUCGGAAGCAGCCCUGCCCCUCGAAUACUACAGGAACUACAACACAAGCAUCAAUCGGCCGCAGCGAUUUUUUACUAGCUUGGCUGACCUUGAUUUCAAGUAUUUUAUUCCGUGCAAUGAUUCCACCACCUAUGGGGAUGACUUUACAAAUACGAUAUUUUGGGCUAAUUAUGUGCGCUGGACCGGAGAUACUGAUGGAGUAAUUGAGACAUCAGAUGGAUAUGUCGCCAAAUGCCCUGACGAGCAUUUUUGGUUGUCCCCGGCAUGUCGAAGAAAUGCCUCUGAGUGCAUUCCAGUCCUUUCCGUGAUAAAUACCAUGGACAGGAUGGCACAAUGGGCGACUGCUCACAAUCUUCCCUUUGCUUUUGGACGACCGCCGAAUUUCAGCACAUUCCAAGAACUCCUCAGAAAAUAUGACGUCCUGCAUUAUUGGUGGGAGCCAGAUGAAGGGGAGUUGACAGAUCUGCAGAUAUCCAGGCUUGUUCUUCCACCACACAAUGCUGCUGAACACAAGGCGGGCAAUUUCAGGACGGCGUCAGUUGGCAUCACGCUGAAAAAAUACGGCAGCUCGUUGCUGGCGCGCUUUGCUCCCACAGUGAGGGGAUUGGUCCAAGGAAUCGCGACCAACCCAUCUGACAUCUUGAGUUUGGCCACUUCCAUCGAUUUGCCAACUGGCCAACAGCUUGGAAAUGUCUUCUUCACAAACCAGGCAGAAGCUCGCAGGCAAAUUUGCACAUGGGCCAACUCGAAUCGAGAUGUUUGGGAGCCGUGGCUCCCCAUCGAGACAAACUGCAUCCUUGGAUUCGGCUUGGUCAACGCACAAGAUGGACAUGUGGACUCUCGCGAGCAAGCCGUACGAUGCAGCCUGUGUCCUGCAGGGAGAUUCUCUCAAUUCGUUGUGGAUGAGAUCGGGCAUACUUACCGAUGCGUCCAGUGCCAACCCGGCAUGCACCAAAGCGCAAGUGGAAAGUCGGAGUGUGCAGCUUGUGACCCUGGCACAUUCGCAGGGUCUCCGGGUCAAGCAUUGUGCUCACCUUGUGCCCGUGGCUCUUACGCUGCCAGUCUUGGAAUGAGGUCUUGUGUAAUGUGUGGAAAUGGCACGGAGAGGACAACAACAGUUCUUGUAUCAGAAGGAUGGAUCGAAGUCCAAGGGGCCACGUCAGAGUCCUAUUGCCGAUGUGCUCCUGGGCGUUUUUUGCAGGAUGGCCAGUGCCUCCUCUGUGGAGUUGGGGCCUCCUGCCCGGGGUCUGAUACUUUGGAAGUCCUUCCUGGCUUUCAUUCAAAACCCCAUAACCCUGGACUGAUUUACAAGUGCUUUGGGCUUCCUGGACGGUGCCCUGGAGGGCCGCCGGGAUCCUGUGCAAAUGGAAGGGAUGCAAACAGCCCUGGUUGCAGCAAGUGCAAUGCCGACUUGCAGCCCAACGGUGCAGAAUGCAUACCUUGCUCAGGAGGCGACUAUUUCCGUUUGGUCGCAUAUGGCUUGCUGGUCAUUGCUUCCACUGCAGCCUUGCACGUGCUGCUUGUUGUUGGUGGCCAUGGCAACAAUGGCAUUCAAAGUAAGCUUGUGACAGCAGCAUUGUGCUUGAGCCAUUUGAUCACCUAUGCGCAGCUGUUUGCCGUGAUGAGCCAGAUUCAGGCGGUGAAUUGGUCAGAUCCCUUCCUGAGUUUCUUGGAGUUCUUCAACUUUAUGUCACUUGAGGCUUUGUUGAGUUCUCUCCGGAGCGUCAACUGCAUCACCAGCUUGUCAGCAGAAGCAACUUUCGUAACUCGCACCGUUCUGCUCCCUUUGUUCUUCGCGCUGGGUCCCAUCAUAUCACACAUGGGCUUUGCUUUUGCGGGGACAAAGAGCAGCACGCAGCGAGCACCCAAAUAUGCGUGGCUUUUCGGGACUUUGGGCUCGCUUUGCUUACUCUUCUUCAUUAUGAUGUGCUUUACAUGUCUAGAGCCAUUUCGAUGCAAUGUGCAUCCAAAUGGUUUGGCCACCAUGCAAACAGAACAUGAAGUGUUCUGCGACUUCGCAGGGCAGCAUUUGCACUUGUGCACUGUCGCUGGCGUGAUGCUUCUCAUUCCAGCGGGCUUCUUGGCGUUCUCCGCGUGGACGAUUAAGAAAGAAUUGCCCCGACGUGUGGCCAAAGGGGACAUCGUGUUCGUCCGGGCGACCUCAUUCUUAACGAUGAGAUUCAAGCCAGGGUAUGAAGCCUUCACAGUGGUCUUCUUGCUCCGAAACAUGCUCCUCCCGGUCGCGUCCAUGUUCUCCUCCACGUCAGUAAGCCUUUUGAUGAUGGCCUCACUAUUGACCAUGAGCGCCGUGCUGGUGGCUUAUUACAAGCCCUGGCGGGCUCUCCUUGCCAGCCAGGUAGACAUGUUUGGGAAUGCUGUGCUGCUGAUUGUCCUGCUGCUAAGUGGUUUGAGCGUCCAAGAUGAAGUUGACACGUCGGUAAUGAUCUUCUGCACUGUUGUCGCCUCCCUCCUUGUGGUGGUCAUAUCUCUGGCAGCAAUGUAUUCUGUGGCACAACAUGUGAAGGCCCGGCUACAGAAGCCGUUUCGCUUCUUUCUCUGCCACCACAAAGCGACGACGGCUGCCCUGGCACGGUGGUUGAAGAUGGAGAUCCAAGGCCGCCAUGCCCACUUCACCACCUUCCUCGAUCUGGACAGUCUCACGGACCUUACUCUGCUCUUCUCCUAUGUGAGUACACAGGUGCAGACUUUCGUCAUUCUUGGAAGUCCUGGGAUUUUGGCUCGCAAAUGGUGUCUGGGAGAGAUGGCCACGGCCCGGCUGUCCAAGGUGGACUCGGUGCUUGUGAGUUUGCCAAACUUCAGCCUCCCGGAUGAGAACUUCGUCGGGAAAAUCUCCACCAGUGUGCCAGACAUUCUUGACCUUACAACCUAUGGUUAUGGGCUGUCCGAAGUGAAAGCAACUUUAUGGUGGCUUACUUCCCUAAGGACGAUUGUAGUGGACAGAAUCUCUGAGGUGAGCAUGGGCGAGAUGGUUGGCGAGUUGACGAACACAGGGAACAAGAACACAAAUGACAUGGUACUUCGAAGCGCUGGCUCUUGCAUUGUGGUAGACCAUGAAAAUGCGGAAGCCUUAGCUUCAGCCCAUGUGCUCUUACGUCAUCUUGCUCCAAUCAUGAUGGAUCGUGGCCAGCCUGUCAUGGUGCUCCCUCCGGAGCACCCGGAGAGUCAACUCGAGCAAAUCCAGCCCACAUCCAUGAUCUUAGUCUGCUCCAAGCAGUGUUUUGCUUCUCCACAUAUCAAAGCGUGUGUGCUCAAAGCACGCUUCCUUAGCUCUUGUGCAGUCUUGCCAGUGGUGUGCGACGAUGAUUUCGUUCUGCAUACAUCUCCGCACACAUCAGCGCGAAUGUCCCAAGAUCAUGAGGAUGAUGAUGAGGCUUAUCGGCGUGUGCUUGCGGCUGUCUUCUUGGAAGUAGGGUUGCCGUUCAACCCUCGGACGAGUUCUUUGGAGGACCCUUUACCCUAA